AUGAGUUUUAAUCCAUCUGCAUCAAAUCACAACAGAGCUGAAAUGUAUGAAGAAGUGCGUCUAUGGAAAAAUCCGCGUGAACGAGAAAGAUAUGACAAUAUGGCUGAUGUAUUUUCAAUCAUAACUACAUUACAAGCACUUGAAAAAGCCUAUAUAAAAGAUCUGGUCGAACCAGCAGAAUAUACAAGUAAUUGUCAAAUAUUAUUGGCUAAAUAUUCAGCAGCAUUUCGUCAACUUGAGGGUGAAUUUCCUAAAGUUGAAGAUUUUGUUCAUAAAUACAAACUCGAUUGUCCAGCAGCUAUAUUACGUAUUAAUGAAGGCCGUCCGAUUACUGUUCGAGAUGAUCGUGGUAACAUGGGUAAAUCUAUAGCGGAAACUGUUUCGCUCUUCAUUAAUCUUAUGGAUAAACUUAAAUUGAACAUUCGAGCUAAUGAUAUGCUUCAAACAGAUGUUCGUGAUUUAUUAGAUGUGAUAAAUAGAAUGAAUUUAAUACCAUCGAAUUAUACCGGCCGAGAUAAAAUCCCUAAAUGGUUGAAUAUAUUGACAAAUAUGAAUGCAGCUGAAGAGAUUACUGAAGAACAAGCGCGACAAUUUCAAAUGGAUCUUGAAAUAUGUUACAAUGAAUUCAAUCGACUCCUAUCAACUGGAUGA